AUGAACAAUAAUCAUAAAGGGGCAGAUGGGGAUGAUUUAUCAAUAAUAUCAAAAGAUAGUUUUGAAAAAGAAUCCAAUAAUAAUAACAAAGAUACUCCACAUAACUUUGAAAUUGAUUAUCAAGAAUCACUUUCAGAGUUUGAAGAAAACGAAAGACAAAUAAAAAGUGAAAUAAUUUUAGAAGAGUCAUUAGGAAAAAAUCAAUUAAACGAACUUAAAAAAGAAUUAACAAUUGUACAAGAAGAAGAUUCACAAGAUUUGUCUAAUUAUAAUCGAGAUUUAUCAAUGGAUGAAUCUGAUAUAUAUAAAAAUGAUUCACCAAUUAAAGAAAUAAUAAUAGAAGGAAAGGAAAAUGAAUUAAUACAAGAAUCAACAAAUUCAACUAUUAAGCUUGAGAAAUCAAAUAAAAUUGACAGUAAUGAAAUAGAUGAAAUUGUACAACACAGUUAUAGUCCAGAUUACCCAACUGAACCACCACCAGCUUAUAUGGAAAAUGAUGAACAUCAUGGAUCAAAUUUUUUAAAAAAUCAAUUAAAAAAUUCAUACUAUAAUUUUAACAAUGAAGAUGAUAAUAAUACAUCUGCAGAUAAUUAUGAAAAACUUAAUAAUACACAAAAUAUGAGAAAUAAUAAUGAAUCAAGUGGUAUACAGGGUAUUGCAUCAGCAUUUAAUGGUUUAAAUAGUUUAGCAAAAGCUUUUACUAGUCCAAAAAUUAAAUCUUUUAAAGAACAAUCUUUCUCUGAAGAAGAUGCAGAUGAUGAUGAUAUACUUGAAAGUCCUUUAGAAGAAGAUACAUAUUUUAAUAAAAAAGAAGAACUUCAAUCUAAAGGAUUGAAAAUGACAAAUGAAUUAAGUAAACUAUUUGAGAUGAUUGAAGAAUAUACUCCUAAUAACAUUGACCCACCUUAUCGUUUACUACCAUUUAUACCAGACUAUGCACCUGCAGUUGGUGAUGUUGACCCAUUUAUAAAGAUUCCAAGACCAGAUGAGGUUGAAGAUAAUUUAGGUCUUACAAUUCUUGAUGAACCAGCAAUAGAACAGAGUGAUCCAACAGCUAUUGGUUUAUUAAUGUCUAAAAAUUUUAAAGAAAUUUCAAAUGUAGAUGAUAAAGACGCUCCUGUUAAACAAAUAUCAAGUAAUGUUAAUAAAACAGCAAUUUUAAAUCAAUGGAUAACAAAUGUCAAAGAAAUUCAAAAUACUAAACAAGCUACUACAGUACCUCAUAUAAAAAAUUUACCUGAUAUUGAAAAAUUAAUGCAAGAAUGGCCUGAAAAUGUUGAAAAAAUAAUAAGAAAAAUUCGUUUACCAACAGCUAAUCUAAAUGUAGAUUUAAAAGAAUUUGUAGACAUAUGCUUAGGCAUUGUUGAUAUUCCAGUUAUUGAUAGUAGAAUUAAAAGUCUACAUAUAUUCUUUACAUUGUAUGCAGAAUUUAAAAAAUCACAACAUUUUAAAAAUAUGUCAAUGUCGGAUGGACUUUCUCAGUUUGGUGAUACCAAAGUUCGUAAUACAGAUAGAUUAGAAUUAUAA